AUACCUUAUCAGUUGCGGUCAUACUAACAGCUACGUCACUGCGUUGUAAUCAACAAAAAAGAAAAAUAAAUCAAACUAAACCAGCCGCAGACUGAUCAAAUGCUGGUUAUCGCAUAGUUUGUAAUCAGCGCCCGUCACUGCCAACAACAAAUGAAACCCCUGUGACCUCGGGCCAGAAGCAGGAGCAUUGCCGUUGCUGCCAGCGAAAACACAGGCCAAAACAAAGGCCCACCCGAAAAACAGAACGUCAUUCGAAGGCAAUUAUCGUAUAGACGAGCAGCGGAGGCCCUGGUGUCCACCCCCUUCUCCUUCUGCCAGCGCACCGGGCAGUAGAUGCUGGUUGGACUCAGCGACCAGCUAGCGCGGAUCAUGGAGAGCGUCUUCGAGGCGUACUUGGGCCCAGACAGCGUCCUCGCUAGUGCAGUUGGCCAGGCGGUGGGCAGCGGAGAGCCGGAGGACAUUCCCCGAAGAAACACCGACGUCUGGGUCCUGGGAAAGAAGUACAACGCCAUACAGGAGCUAGAGCUCAUCCGACGGGACAUUCAGUCGCGCCUGUGGUGCACAUAUCGCCAUGGAUUUUCGCCGUUGGGAGAAGUCCAGCUCACCACGGACAAGGGCUGGGGCUGCAUGCUGCGCUGUGGUCAGAUGGUUCUCGCCCAGGCCCUGAUCGACUUACAUUUGGGACGCGACUGGUUCUGGACGCCGGACUGCCGUGAUGCCACCUACCUCAAGAUCGUGAACCGUUUUGAAGACGUAAGGAAUAGCUUCUACUCCAUACACCAGAUUGCCCAGAUGGGAGAGUCCCAGAACAAAGCGGUCGGCGAGUGGCUGGGACCGAAUACAGUAGCCCAGAUUCUCAAAAAACUAGUGCGCUUCGAUGACUGGAGCUCCCUGGCGAUUCACGUGGCCAUGGAUAGCACAGUGGUAUUGGAUGACGUAUAUGCGUCGUGCCGAGAAGGAGGCUCGUGGAAGCCACUGCUGCUCAUAAUCCCCCUGCGCCUGGGCAUCACAGACAUUAACCCGCUUUACGUGCCUGCCUUAAAGCGCUGCCUUGAACUAGACAGCAGUUGUGGCAUGAUCGGAGGUCGACCAAACCAGGCUCUGUACUUCCUGGGCUAUGUGGACGAUGAGGUUCUCUACCUAGAUCCUCAUACCACGCAGAGAACGGGCGCCGUGGCACAGAAAACUGCUGCGGCAGAACAGGACUACGACGAGACCUACCAUCAAAAGCAUGCUGCUCGCCUGAACUUCUCCGCCAUGGACCCCUCGCUGGCGGUUUGUUUCCUCUGCAAGACCAGUGAUAGUUUCGAGUCCCUGUUAACCAAGUUGAAGGAGGAGGUGCUCAGCCUCUGCUCGCCUGCGCUCUUCGAGAUCAGUCAAACCCGCGCGGUCGAUUGGGACACCACGGAGGACAUCGACUGGCCCACCAUGCCGGACAUCGAUUGGCCUGCGGGCACCUCGGAUUCGGACUCUUUUGCCAUAGUUGAGAGCGGCAGGGACAGCGACGCCGGCUGUAGCGGCGCCAUUGGCAGCGGCAAAAAGCCCAGUGAGAGAGCCGUCAUUUGAGAGGUCGCCGGCGGAGCGCCUGCGCCUGCGCCGCACCAGAGCAGAUGAAGCCCAGCCAGGCGAAAGUGGAGCACCCAAUGAGGAGAAAGAGAGUGGGCCGGGAGGUCGAGCCCCUGCGGAUGCUGCGAAUGCAAUAAACUAAGGCUAAAGUGCAUAAUUAGACGAGUGGUUGAGAUUUAGAUUUUAGUAUGUUUACGAUUUGUACGAAUGCGGUUCUUAGCGAUUCAUAAUGCUGCUUUAUUGUACGCGAUUGACUCCACGGGAGACAAUUUGGCAAAACACACACACACAGAGCGACACUUACGGACACAUACCGCUUUUUGAUGAUCAAUUAAACAUUUUUAUGCAACGUUGUACAUUGAAGACUCGAUGAGAUCGAGGCAAUCGCCUUAGCCCGGUGUGUAUUUAUAUGUUUGUAAUCGUAAUAUUCAUUUUCCUUUCGUAUAUUCGUCUGUAUAUGCUCAAAAAUGGACCAACAACUAAAUACAUAAUACUUGGACUAUAUGUAUAUAUCUAUAUAUGUAUAUAUAUAUGUAUGUAUGUAUAUAUCAACUUUGCCAUCCGCCUCUGGACUCAACGGCUGGACAAACUCAAGCUACACGAACCAAGGAACUUUCUCGAAUGAGUAACCAGGAUGAGGAUGCAGGAAUCUACGUUAACAACAAACACGCGGCUACGCAGCUGGCGAAUUGACACUAAUUGGGCUUGACCUUUGGCCUUCCGGGCUGAUUCCCGCAGAAAGGCAAACUGGGAUUUGCAGAUCAGAGUAUCCAACUGUCUCCUACUAUCGGAAGAUAAUCCUUUCUAUUCAUAUUCAAGCGACUUAUGUUUCUUGCGCUUCGAAUGCAUUUAACUUUUGCAAUUCAUCCAUCCUAAUUCUCGAUAUUCUGGUUAAAUUCUAUGUUGUAUUCACUAUAAAAUUUUCUAAUCUCAAUUUGUUGGUUCAAAAUCAAGCACUGGAUAUUUAAAGCUGAUCGAAACGGACUAGCCUCUAGUAGGAAAGGUUUUUGAGCUACUAUUUGAGUUCCUUGAACCUUAGAUUCCUUUCAAAAGCGACACACCCAGUUUGCCUUUCCUCUCGGGGAACUCAAAGACCCAGCGGAACCAGGAGAGUAAUAUGAACAUUCAACAACUAUUUUCGGAUGUCUUAGAGUAUGCAGCACGACCUCUCAAUCCGCUUCUCCACCUUGGGCUCGCUGUGCAGUGCCAUCUCCACGUGCUUUCGUGCCAGCCAGGACUGCUUCUGCAACCGAUUGACCACGAUCCUGUAGGCGCCAAUGAUGUCGGAGCGCGGCCCGCUCUGCCUGGCGUUGAUCAGCAUCUCGGAGGUGAGGCCCAGCUCGGCCAGGAUCUGGCGUGCCUCGAACUCCAGGGCACCUAGCUGGCUCAGAUCCUCGGUGUUCGUGGGCAGCAUGACGCAGCUGCCCGUCUCCGCGUCGUAGUUCUUGAACAGGGGGCAAUCCUCGGCCACCUCCACAUUCCACGGAUUGAUCUUGGCCGAACCGAUUGACUGUCCACCGUUGGCCAGCUGCUUCUCCGGUUCCGUUUCCAUGGGCGUGACCUUCUUCUUCAGGCUGCCGCAGAACAUGUACCUUCUGGUUGGACGCUUCGCCUGCUCGGUGGACUGUGGCUCCUUCAGCUGACUUGACACCGGGACCAACAGUUCGUGUCCCAUCUCGAUCGGUUGCAGGAAGUUCUGCACAAACAUCUCGUCCUGCUGCCUGGUGUUCAUGCUAAUGGCCGGCUUCUUGACCACCUCCGCGUAUCGAUCCCGUAGUGAGGCGGACUUCCGCAGCCGAUGCGACUUGCUGCGCACCCAGAAGAUGGACCUCUUGACCGGCUUGGUGUGCUGGUUGAUCUCCCACUGCAUCAGAUCGGCACUGAGCUUGGGACAGGUCACGAACUGGCUGUUCAGCAUGUCGUCGAUGGUUGGCCGCUGGGCGGGUAUAUGAAUCAAGAUGCGUUCUAACGAAGAUAUUAGGUUAAAGCAGUUUUUUUAUUAUUUAAUAUUUAUCCACUCACGUAUAAGUCUUAUGCAGGGCAAGCUGAGCUGGCCGGGCAGCAGAUAGUCACCCUUCAGGAUGGCUGCUUUCAGGCCGGGAAUCGUUGGUGCCCGGAAGGGCAUGUUUCCGACCACCAUGAAGUAGAGCAGGAUGCCCAGGGCCCAAACAUCCACGGGCGCCCCUAUGUAGUGGUCAUCGGAGAAGAGCUCGGGCGCCGCAUACGGAGGGGAUCCGCAGAACGUGUCGAGCUUUUGAUUGGCACCUGUCAAAGGGAAUGGGAAAGUUGAUUAAAUUGCCGACGCACUGGCUUGGCUGUUCACCCGUACCAUUGAUGAGUUGGGUACUGAAACCGAAGUCGGCCAGCUUGAGGCGAUCCUCGGAGAGGAGCAGGACAUUUUCCGCCUUUAUGUCCCGAUGCACGUAGCCCAGACUGUGCUGCAAGUGCGAUUAAGUUCAAUUAAUUUUGCAGAUGAAAUAAUUGAAUAUUGAAAACACGCAUGCAAAUU